CAUGCAUUACAAAGAUGGUCAUUCAUUACAGUGUAAAUGUCUAGUACAUCACACUAAGUACAUCAACAUGGUAGCAUUCAAGUCCCUAGUAAAAUCUGACUCCUAGAUCUUUCAAAGUACAAUUGUUCAAUGAGUAGUUGCACUCCUUUCCUUGGAGAAUCCCUUGAUUGCUAGAGCCAUAUAAAGUGCAAUGUGCUUGAGCUUUUAAUCUUCAAAGCUACUCUUGGUUCUUGUCUUUCUAAGCUUGCCCCCUGGACUUGGCAAUUGUGAAUGAUAGGAGAGAAAUGCUUGCAAUUGGAGAUCUCCUCAAUCCUUUGUUGGUCAAAACCUUCUCCAUGGAUGAACAUUUCGAAGGUGUCUUGCCGAAUGAACAAUCGCGCUUAACCAUGAAAUAUCAUUCCUUCGAAAAGAAAGCAAAUGUUAUGAAGCUUGAAGAAAAAGUAAAUGGUGUGAUGCUUGGAGAAAAUGAAUGAUGUGAUGCUUCAAAAUCAUGUGCUCAAAUUAUUUUGAUGUCUAAAAGAUGGACUUUUCAUGAAUUUAUCUUUAAAGAACCUCAUUUCUUCUUUUUUUUGUUUCUUUUUUUUUUUUUUUAAUGUGAAAUGCUUUGGAUUUAGUUGAAUAAGACCCACAAGUUUGAAACAUGUAACAAAAUGCAAGAUAGUGAGAACUUCUUCGAAUGAGAGCUUGUACACUCUUUUUUUUUUUUUGAAAAUCAUGACUUAAAGGACUUGAUUGAAGAACAAGAAAGUAUGAGGAUCAAAUUUGAUUUUAUUCUAAACAUGAAAUGAGCAUGAAAUGAAUGUAAAUUUGACAUGGGAUGGAAAAUGUGAUGUAAGGUUGAAUAUGAGUUGCAAUGAAAAAUGGGAUUGAAUGAGAAUUGAACAUGGAUAAGAUUUUUUUUUUUUUUAUGCAAUUUUUAUAAAGUAUAAGACAAUAAAAGAUAGUAAUGCUUGAAAUGAAAUGUAAGAUGGAAGAUGCAAUGCAAACUGCAAGUGAAUGAAAUUUUCAUUUUCAUUUUUAUGCACUUGUUUUUUGAACUAUGAGAUGGAAAUAGUGGUGGUUGGAAUGAAAUAUGUGAUGAAAAGUGAGAUGUGAAAUGAACAUGGGAGAAAUUUUCAUUUUCAUGCCCUUUUUUUUUUUUUUUUUCGAAAUGUAAAAAGAUGAAGAAAUAUGAGAGGAAAACUAGCAUUAUGGAUAAAAUUUUCAUUUUUUU